AUGGAAUUGGAAGAUGCUCCCGAGGAAUUCAAAGACCCCGUUAUGGAUACACUGAUGGAGGAUCCAGUACGAUUACCAUCAGGUCAUAUCAUGGAUCGAAAGCAUAUCAUGCGUCAUUUGCUCAGUAGCCAAACGAAUCCCUUCAAUCGUGCCCCGCUCACCGAAGAAGAACUGGAACCUGGUGAGUAG